AUGUGGCAGGUUCCAAAAUCCCUUGAACUAGUUCACGAGGUCGAAUAUCGUGCAUUAGAAUUCUUCCAACUUCAUACCAAAAACUGCUUUGGUGCCCAAAUUGGCGCUUUCUUGCUCCAAGCAACUUAUAAUGAGCCCAUCAUUCAGACCGUUGCCAUCGCCAUUGGCUCUCUUCAUCGUACCUUUGUCUUCAAUCAUCAGGGGUUGUCGGCUCCUCGUGAGGCGAUCCAAUUCACAUUGCUGCAUUACAAUAAAGCAAUCCGCCAGCUCGUCGCCGUCAAUCCCCAACAUUCUCCUCAAACAAACGAUACCUUCCUCAUUGCUUGCAUACUAUUUUUCUGCUUUGAGUGUCUCCAGGGUAACUUCAAGUCUGCGUUUCGGCAUGCAACCUCUGGUCUAAAGAUUAUCAAACAACAACUUCUAUGGUCAAGUGGAUCCUCCAUGUCCAGAUAUAUACCACCAGAGACCAUCACUCUGCUUUUUGGUAUUUUAGAGAAUCAAAUAUUGGAGAUACAUGGUGAUGAAAUACUUGCGACUGAGCUGCGUCCAGCCAUUCUAUCUUCAUUUCAACAUUAUGCCAUUGAGCCAUCACGACCACCUUCAAGUGUUGAGGAGAUUCUUGCUUCAUUUCAAGUUCUCUACAAUCGAUUCACUCGCUUUGAAGCUGUUUAUGAGAUGCUUGAAGACCCUACCAGAGACAAAGCAUUCGAAUUUGUCACCCAGAUUCAAUAUAUUCAAACUGAAUUUUUCCAAAUUCUAUCAGAUUUGAAAGUCUGGAUCUCUAUGUUUGACAGUUGGGUCGAUCAGGCCAAAUCGUACAAUGCCGACGAUAGCUUAAUCGUAUCAAUACUGAAAGUCUGGAGAGCAACGAUUGGCAUUUUUAUACGUCUAGAUUGGCCCCCUUCGGAGCUCAGCUGGGACAGAUUUACCGUCGACUUUGCCUCAAUUACAUCUCUUGUUGCCGAAAUGUUUGGAGUCUCGGCAACUACUCUUUUCAUUCGCUCAUCUCCGCCGCGUACACCAUCUCAGGAUGAGCCUCCACCCUUGCCAACCAGUAGGCCAACAUCUCUUCCGCCUCUCUAUCCAAAACUUUCCAAGUCAAGAUCAUCAACCUUUUCUUUAUCGCUUGGUAUCGUGACGCCCCUUUAUGUAUGUGCCACACGCUGUCGCGAAUCUUCCACGCGCCGCCAGGCCAUCUUUCUUCUUUCAUACUGUCAAAGGCGCGAGGGACUUUGGGAUUCCGAAUUAGCAGGACGCAUCGCCAAUCGCAUUGUAAGGAUUGAAGAGACUGCAGCGAAUAUUUCACCGGGCGCAGAUUAUCAUCCCACUGAUAUUGCCUUGUCCGCUCGUGUCAGAUCUUUGUCGCCUCGAUUUGAUGAGCAAAAGCGGAUCAGAGUACGAUACAACAGGGAGGGUGUGGAGACGGGGCUGACGGAGGAGGUAUUCACUUGGUGA